AUGGUGCCCUAUAUUCGAGGGAAGUCUGAACAGAAUCAUAUGAUGUCCUACAAGUUGUGGAAACAUAUUGCUUGUUACAAGUUGGGAAUUCCUGAGGAAUUAGCUUGGGCAUAUUUUGAAAGCUUCACUGUCCUGAAUGCCCUCAAAGAGAGAGUGGAUCUUUCAACAUUUCAUACACCUCAUGAUAUGUCUGUCAUUGAGCAUGUUGCUGUCAAUGCAUGGCAAUUUGUUGUCUACCUCUAUCAGCAGAGCUUCUUCACAGAGGUGAAGAACUUGUCUGUGGUGAACUUGGCUGUUGAAGUGUGGCCCAUGUCUCCCAAUUCAAGUACAUGCCUCACAAGCCUCAGGCCAUCAAAAUCUGACCACGGACAUCAAAUUGCUGAAGAAUCAUACCAACAAUAUGUUCUCGACCAUCUAGACACCUUGCUUCAGUUGUUGUGUUUGAAGAAUCCCACUGAUUCUCUUGGACCAGUAUCGCAAGUGCCACUUAAUGUUAUCCUUGCAUUGGAUUGGAUCCUUGGAUCACAAGAUGAGGAUAGGAUCAUGGUUCCUCUCCAUGAUCUACUAUCUCAAACUCAUCGGGCUUGUGAGACUGGCUACAUUGCUUCUGCACAGGUCUUCAAUUAUAACAAGCUUGUGCAAUAUGUGUGUCAGCAUCUCAGGCAGAAUCCAUAUGGAGUUAUUCAAUCCAUCCUGAUAGAGAAAUGUCAUAGCACAACAUUGGUGCUUGGGCCCAUUGCAACCUUCCUGAAGGUGGAACUACUUCAACAAGAAUCACUUGCCAAACAUUGGGAUGACAAGACAUUGGCUGCUGCUGGCCUGGACGAACAGCAGCGAAAAGUCAUGAGAAUGUCUUUUCGUCGAGUGGUUGUGACAGGAUUGGGCUUAGUAACACCUCUAGGAAGUGGAACAUGGCAUGUGUGGGAGAAUCUUGUUGCAUCAAAAUGUGGGAUACGCCAGCUUCUAUCACCAGAGUACCAAUCCAUUCCAUGCAGGAUAGCUGGUGUAGUCCCUGUAGGGGAGGGCAAAGGGAUGCUGAACAUUAAUGAGGCUUUUUCUUCUGCUGAGCAACGUUCCAUGUCACGCAGUUCCUUAUUUGCUGUCAGUGCAGCCAAGGAAGCCCUCUGCAUGGCCCAGUGGCAUCCAAGUGGUGGAAAGGAUGCCUUAAGCACUGGAGUUUCCAUUGGCGUUGGCAUGGUGGAUCUGUCAACAAUUGUGGAAGCUGGACUCAUGCUGCAACAAUUUGGUUACAAGAAGAUUAGUCCUUAUUUUGUUCCUGUCAUAUUACCCAACAUGGCUUCAGGGAAUGUUAGUCUUAAGUUUGGACUGAGAGGUCCAAAUCACAGUGCUUCCACAGCAUGUGCUGCUGGUGCUCAUGGAAUUGGUGAUGCUGCUCGCAUGAUAAUGCAUGGAGAUGCUGAUGUGAUGGUGUGUGGUGGUUCUGAGGCUUCUGUUAAUUCACUGGCCUUGGCUGGGUUUUGUCGGGCCAAGGCAUUGUGCACUGACUUCAAUGACAAGCCAGAAAAGGCAUCAAUGCCUUUUGAUGUCAAGCGUUGUGGCUUUGUCAUGGGUGAGGGUGCUGGAGUUUUAAUUCUUGAAGAACUGAACCAUGCAUUAGCUAGGAAGGCCAACAUUUAUGCAGAAAUGAAAGGCUAUGGGUUGUCAGGUGAUGCUGUUCACAUUACAGCACCUCGAUCUGAUGGGACUGGAGUUAUGAUGUGUAUGGAUGCUGCUAUUAGAGAUGCUGGAAUCAAGAAGGAAGACAUUAUGUACAUCAAUGCUCAUGCUACUUCUACCUUGUUGGGAGAUGAUGCUGAAUGUCGAGCAAUCAAGGCAUACUUUGGGCCCCAUGCCCAAAAACUGGCUAUUUCUUCAUCGAAGGGAGCCAUUGGGCAUCUCUUAGGUGCUGCUGGAGCUGUUGAAGCUGUGUUUACUGUCUUAACUUGCUAUACCAAAGUUGUUCCUCCAACAUUGAACCUUGAAGAUGCAUCUGAUCAUAAAGACUUGAAUCUUGUGCCAAAUAUGCCUCAAAAGCUGGAACCUGUGAAUGGUUCUAGAUUCUUUGCCUUGUCUAAUUCAUUUGGUUUUGGAGCCCUUUUCCCUAUUGGUCUUUGCUGCUACAAGCAGUGUUGCUUCAAAAUGACUGAAGAGCUCCAUAGUAUUGAAUCUGCUUUGGAGGAUAAUCUCCCAUCUGAUGUUUGGCUCCAAGUGAAGAGGAUUCUUUAUGGAAAGGACAUUCCGGUUCUAUCUUUUCCACUGGAGGCAUUGGAGUUAGCAAAGGAUUCUGACUUUGAGCUGAAGGGAUAUGGAUUUUCCGCCCUGCCAGAAGACACUCGUCCCCCAAGGAUUGUGCGUGUUGGUCUCUUUCAAAACCAAAUUGUUCUCCCGACAACCAUGCCAGUCAGUACACAAAGGGAUGCCAUACAUAGACGUGUUGAAGCUGGUGUGAAAUUGGCACAUCUUUGUGGAGUCAACAUCAUGUGCUUUCAGGAAGCUUGGACAAUGCCAUUUGCAUUCUGUACCAGAGAGAAGCAUCCUUGGUGUCAGUUUGGAGAAGCUGCUGAGGAUGGGCCCACAACUCAUUUCUGCCAGAAGCUAGCGGAGAUGUACAAUAUGGUGAUAGUGAGUCCUAUUCUAGAACGAGAUGAAACACAUGGAGAUGUCCUCUGGAAUACUGCAGUUAUCAUCUCCAACACUGGCAAAGUCCUGGGGAAGACUAGAAAGAAUCACAUUCCAAGAGUGGGAGACUUCAAUGAAGCCACUUACUACAUGGAAAGCACCCUUGGGCAUCCUGUUUUUCAGACUCAAUGGGGGAAAAUAGCAGUCAACAUAUGCUAUGGUCGACAUCAUCCUCAAAACUGGAUGGUUUAUGGCCUGAAUGGAGCUGAGAUAGUCUUCAAUCCAUCUGCUACUACAGGAGCACUGAGUGAACCCUUGUGGGGUAUAGAGGCAAGAAAUGCUGCCAUAGCCAACAGUUAUUUCACUUGUGCAAUAAAUCGAGUUGGGAAGGAGCAUUUUCCCAAUGAAUUCACUUCUGGAGAUGGUCAGUCAAGCCAUAAGGAUUUUGGUCAUUUUUAUGGCUCCAGCUACGUUGCUGCUCCAGAUGGAAGUCGGACUCCAGGCCUGAGCAGAACACAAGAUGGUCUCUUGGUCGUGGAGAUGGACCUGAAUUUGUGUCGCCAGGUGAAGGAUCACUGGGGCUUCAGGGUGAGUACAAAUGUCCAGCUGGGAACAGUAAGGAAAAGUUCUCAUGGUCUUCCACCCGCAUCUGGGUUGGACAAGAAAAUACUCUCUUCUAUGGGAGAACUGAAAUGGCAUUGUCUCUUCCAGAUGACACAGAGGCUGGAUGUGUAUGCUAAGGCAUUUGAAGCUGCAUCUCGUCCAGACUUUCAGCCGCAAGUCAUCGGAGAAUGA